AUGCACUCCGACGCGCCCACGCCCGUGGCCAACGAGCUGUCUGAGGUGUCGCAUCUGGCAGAGGGCGACAACGCGAGCUUUUCGGCGGGCAACUUCACCGUUCUACAGCUCCCAUCGGACCCCUCCCAUUGCAUUGAUUAUGCUAUUCCAGCAGGCACCCUGGUGAUAGUGGAUCCCAACAACCCCGACAACAACCGCACGGUUAAGUUGCAAGCGCCGGCGGUUUUCCGGCCCCAGUGUGCUCUGGGAGGAACUCGAGCUCCGGCCCCAAGACCAGAGGAGUCGUUUCCAGACUGGAGCGAAUACCAAAAGUACCAUCAUAACGACCGACGAGACCCAUUCUACGGCUCGGUCACGCCCAUCGCUUAUACCAUUGCGGCGUCCACAGUCACAGCUUGGAUGCUGCUGAUCAUUCUGUUUCUGUCGAGAAAACCGUCUCCUCUGUUUCAGAAGAUUGCGGUGCUGAUUACGGCGGUUUCGCUGACCGUUUUUCUGGCGCAGGCCACAGAUACCCUGGAAUCGCAAUACAAUGAAGGAUACCAGAAUGCAUACGAACUACGACACAAAAUCAUGGGAGGAUGGGCAUUUCGAAUUCUGCAGGUGAUCACAUGUGUCAUCACCUGGCUGGCCCGUUUGCAAGUCGUGAUUCGGCUGUUUGACGUGCCCAAAAUCAACACUCGAUUGGCAGUUGUGGGGUCCACGUUGAUUUUCACCAAUGCCACCAUCUGGGCGUGUCUGAACUUAAUUCCCCCGUGGUCGCAGUACGUUCGAAAUGCCAAGUCGGUGCUUCCAGUGUUUGGAGCUCUGUGUUCGCUUCUUCUCGAGGUGUUUUAUCUCGUGGUGGUUGUCAUCUACUCCAUUUCCAAACGCAAAUACGCAUACUCUCGCACGUCUAUAGUUAUGGCCGCCAUCUCGUGGUUGGCCAUGAUCCUGCCCAUGGUCUUUAUCGUGUUUGAUAUUGCUCAUUACUGGAUUGCAGGCUGGUCAGACUUCAUUCGGUGGACGGCUGACGCUGCUGCCUCGGUAGUAGUGUGGGAAUGGACCAAUGUGAUUGUGUACCAGGAGCGAAGAGAGCAACGACAAUCAGUCCUGGGCCGUCAGGUGUAUAGAGACGAGAUUCUGGACUUUAAGGGCGACAACGGAGGAGGAACAGUUGGAGGAGGGCGAACAAAGUAUCCUUCUCGCAUGGAGGAAGACGACGUUCCUUUCAGAUCGUCUCCCAACGACCACCACUUUACUUCCAACAUUCCUACUUCUGCUGGCGAGGGACAGUCGUUCCAGUUCUUCAAACGGGCCAGAUUGCCCAUGUACUCUCGCAAGAUUUGGAAAAUUGCUCGAGGAGAGUCUGCAGCUAGUAACAACACCCAUUACGAGCACGCCAUCAUUGAGGAAGAGGAGGAGGAGUCCAUUGAACGAAACAGACGGACUCCCACUGUUCAGGAGAAUGGAGAGGAGGACGACGAGGAGACUUAUGACGAAGAGAAUGACCAGUACAGCCAGGACAACCAUUCGUCUGUGCAUUCCUUUGAGUCCAGUCGACCUUCCCAGCACCCAGUUCCUUCCUCCGGAGGCACUCGGGCUGUGGGACACACGCAUUUUCCUCUUCCCGGCCAGUCCGAGGGAGCACACACUACUUCUCCUGCUGCUGCUGCUGCUGCUGCAGAACCUGAACCUGAACCCGUGGCUGGUCCUUCAGGGGGAGCUGCUGCCCAUGGAGACUCGGAUGACGACUCGGACAACUCGGACGACUCUUCUCUGGCGUCCUUCACCGUGAUUCAGCAGACUGGCUUCUCAGUCGACAAUCAGGGAGUACCCGAGUACGACGCAGACUCUGCUCCUCCCACUUUUGAACCCAUUCCUGGCUUCCAUCGCCAGGAUUACUCGGAUGCAAAGGGAUAG